AUGUUUACUCCCAUGGUAUUCCUGGACAUCUCCCAUAGUGGUUCAUUCCAGUCAGCUGAAGAUGCAGUCCGGGAUCCAUCCUGGCAGAAGCUAUUGCCAUCCGGCGGUGGGUUCCUCUUCGUCCAGGAAUCGGACGGUACGGUUCAGGGCUACGGUGUCAGUAUGUUCCACCAGCUUCAUUGUCUAUCAAUGAUUCGGGACAUGCUUCUCGGUCAGCCUAUGUCACAUGCCCAUGAAGCAUCGGACUGGUCACAGGACAGUAUGCAUUGGUUGCACUGUUUGGACUAUCUGGCCCAGGGUGUCCUAUGUGCGGCAGAUGACACGCUGGAAAAGCCUGGCUUUACUAAAAAUGUCGAAGGUAAGCUAGUCAAAGGAAUUGACGGCAUGAAUCACACGCACCAGUGUCGAGACUGGGCUCAAUUGAGGGAAGUAGUCGAGCACUCAGAAACUGUACCUAGAAAGGGUGAGCUUUUGGGGUCAAUGACAGUCUUCAAGGUUCCAGGAACAGAUAGCAAAGGAAAACCAUGGGUGGUCAGUGAAAGCUAG